CAUGUCUGUAAGAUCAUGGGCAGUCCAGAAUUACCUCUUCUGUCCAAACCUGGAGAUGUCAUUAUUGGAGGAGCUUUUUCUAUACAUAGCCAAGUGUCGCAGCAUCCACUUCUGUUCACUGACAAACCUACUGACAUGGAAUGUUCUAGUGUUAACCUCAGAGAAUUCCGGUUUGCUCAGACCAUGAUAUUUGCCAUAGAGGAAAUCAACCAAAAAGGCCUUCUCCCAAACAUUUCCAUUGGAUAUCGGAUUUAUGACAACUGUGGCUCCACUUUGAAGUCCAUGCGGAGUGUCAUGGGCCUGAUGAAUGGAGGGGCAGCGGAGAGCAGCGACAGAUGCUCUGGUCAGGCCUCUGUCCAUGCUGUUAUAGGAGAGUCUGAGUCAUCUUCUACUGUGAUCCUGUCCCGCACCACUGGCCCAUUUGAGCUACCAGUGAUUAGUCACUCAGCUACAUGUGAGUGCCUUAGCAACAGAAAAGAGUACCCAUCUUUCUUCAGGACUAUUGCCAGUGACCUCCACCAAAGCCGCGCUCUGGCCUACCUCGUCAAGUACUUUGGCUGGACAUGGGUUGGCACAGUAAAUAGUGACAGUGAAUACGGCAAUAACGGAAUGGCUAUUUUUCUUGCUGCCGCCCAGGAAGAAGGAAUCUGUGUGGAAUAUUCCGAGAAAUUCCACAGAACUGAACGAGAGAAGUUGAAGAAAGUGGUUGAAGUUGUCCGGAAAGGCACGGCAAAAGUCAUCAUUGGAUUUCUCUCCCAUGUGGAAAUGAAUGAAUUCUUAGAAGAAAUGAGUUUGCAAAAUGUCACAGGUCUGCAGUUCAUUGGUGUGGAGAGCUGGAUGACUGCAGACAGCCUUAUUACACCCACCAGCUUUAGCGUGCUAGGGGGUGCUCUCGGAUUCGCUGUACCAAAAGCAAAUAUCACAGGUCAUGAUAGCUUCCUACUCCGAGAAUACUGGGAGACAGAUAUAAUGUGCAGAUACGCCAGGGGAAAUGGGAUGGAAACUGCGAAAUGUAAAGACGACCAUUUUUUGUAUGAGCUGAAAGACCAUGUGGAAGAUGUAGCAGAACUGAGGUAUUCCACAAACAUCUACAAGGCCGUCUACGCAGUGGCUCACGCUCUGCUCAGUUUACUUAAGUGUUCUGAGCAUCAGGGCUGUGACAAGACUGUGGCCAUCACACCGGGCCAGGUUGUUAAGUCUCUGAAGAUGGUCAAUUUUACCAUCAAGACUGGAGACCAAGUUUGGUUUGACCGCACUGGGGCUGCUGUGGCUCGAUAUGAGGUCAUAAACUGGCAGCGUGGGUCAAAUGGAUUAAUUGAAUUUAAACCUGUUGGACAUUAUGAUGCCUCUCAGCCUCCGGGCCAGAGGUUUGUCCUACAAAGUGAGGAAAUAACAUGGCCAGAAGGGAAGCAACAGGUCCCAGUGUCACAGUGCAGUGAAAGUUGCCAUCCAGGAACUCACAAAGUUUUGCAGAAAGGGAGGCCUGUUUGUUGCUAUGACUGUUCCCCAUGUCCAGAAGGAGAGAUUAGCAACAGAACAGAUUCUAAUGGGUGCAUUAAGUGUCCUGAGGAAUACUGGUCCAAUGAAAACAGAACUAUGUGUGUUAUCAAAAGCAUAGAGUUCUUGUCUUUCAGUGAUGUCAUGUGCAAAGUACUUGUGUUUUUCACUGUCCUCGGAGCAGGGCUAACCAUAUCAGCAGCCAUUUUGUUUUUCUAUCACAAAGACACUCCCUUAGUAAAGGCCAAUAACUCUGAGCUGAGCUUCCUGUUGCUUCUCUCUCUGAGCCUGUGUUUCCUGUGCUCUCUCACCUUCAUCGGCCGUCCCUCUGAGUGGUCCUGCAUGCUGCGCCACACUGCGUUCGGUAUCACCUUUGUCCUCUGUAUCUCUUGUGUUCUGGGGAAGACUAUAGUGGUGCUGAUGGCCUUCAGAGCUACACUUCCAGGAAGUAAUGUCAUGAAAUGGUUCGGGCCUGUUCAGCAGAGACUCAGUGUGCUGGCUUUCACACUAGUACAAGUUGUAAUCUGUAUCUUAUGGUUAACAAUAAACCCCCCCGUCCCUUUUAAAAAUAUGAGCCACUAUAAAGAAAAGAUCAUACUUGAGUGUGCACUUGGAUCAGCCAUUGGUUUCUGGGCAGUUCUUGGAUACAUAGGUCUGUUAGCUUUGUUGUGUUUUGUGUUGGCCUUUUUGGCUCGUAAACUUCCUGAUAACUUUAAUGAAGCCAAGUUCAUCACCUUCAGCAUGUUGAUUUUCUGUGCAGUCUGGAUCACUUUUAUCCCAGCUUAUGUCAGCUCUCCGGGAAAGUUUACUGUCGCCGUGGAGAUAUUUGCUAUUCUGGCUUCAAGUUAUGGAUUAUUGUUUUGCAUUUUCGUCCCAAAAUGCCAUGUUAUUGUAUUUAAACCUGAACUGAACACCAAAAAAUUCCUCAUGGGAAAAACAUGA